CUUAGAACGGUUAGUCAAAUCGACUUCUUUGAUUCUCACCCACUUAUAUAAUUGUUUGAUAUUAAAGAACGACCCGAAUUCAGAUUCGUUUUCGAUUUAGCAAAGCCCCAUCGCCCUUCUCCCGCUCAAGGCGCCAAUGAACGCUACGUCCAGCGUCACUUCAACGCCUCCCGCGUACUCGCCACAGCCGGGGAUUGUCGAUGCGAACAGCGUGAAUUCCGAUCCCGAAGCGCUUUGCAAUUUAAUCGUGAACUACUUACCCCCUCUCAUGGACGAGGCGCAGCUAUUCCAGCUAUUUUCUCAGUUCGGCCCUAUUGAAUCGAUUAAGGUGAUCUACGACCGCGAUACGCACGAGAGUCGGGGCUACGGCUUCGUGCGAUUUCGAUUCUUCUUCUCCGCGACAUACGCGAUUCACUGUCUAAAUCGUUUUCAGAUUGGCGGGAAACGGCUGAAGGUGGCGUAUGCGAACGUCUCCGCGGCGCAGGAGAGCUACGCCGCGUUGAAGGAGACGCUCACGCAGUUCACGGUGGAGCAGCGCAUAGCGUUGCAGACGAUGUAUUACAACCAAACCGUAAUGGCGCAACAGCAGCAGCGGGAGAUGGGCGCGUUGCGCGUCAGCUCCGCCUCCAGUGUUGUUGCCGCCGAUUGA